AUGAGCAGAGGCACAGCCCAUCUCCUGACGGCUCUCUUCGUGGUGGCGGCGGUGAUGGGCUACCCCUCACGGCGGUCUGCCACUGACCUGGAUGCCACCCCCAGGACAACGGUCACCUUUGAUGAGCUGUCGGGCGUCCGGCGCUUCAGCACGCACACCCUCAACUACAGCACCCUGCUGCUGGAGGACGACCGGGGCAUCCUCUACGUGGGUGCCAGGGGAGCCAUCUUCGCCCUCAACUCCAGUGAUGUGACUGACGGCUCCCACCGCACGAUCCACUGGGAAGCCUCCCCAGAGAAGCAGAUGGACUGCCUGCAGAAGGGCAAAAACAACAAGACCGAGUGCUUCAACCACGUGAGGUUUCUGCAGAGGCUGAACAGCACCCACCUCUACGCCUGUGGGACCUACGCCUUCCACCCACUCUGCGCCGCCAUCGAUGCUGACAGGUUCACGUUGCCAUCCCGCUUUGAGGAAGGCAAGGAGAAGUGCCCAUACGACCCUGCCCGUGGCUACACUGGCCUCAUUGUUGACGGCGGCUUGUACACAGCAACACGUUAUGAAUUUCGGAGCCUCCCUGACAUCCGGAGGAACCUGCACCAGCGGCCGCUGAAGACAGAGGAGUCCCCGCUGCACUGGCUGAAUGAUGCUGAGUUUGUGGCCUCUGUGCUGGUCCGGGAGAGCAAGGACAGCCCUGUGGGUGAUGAUGACAAAAUCUACUACUUCUUCACGGAGCGAGCGGGUGAGGAGACCACGUCCUUCUUCGACAAGAGCCAGGUGGCCCGGGUGGCCCGGGUGGCCCGUGUCUGCAAGAGCGACGUGGGCGGGAAGAAGAUCCUGCAGCGCAAGUGGACAUCCUUCAUGAAGGCGCGUCUGGUCUGCUACAUCCCCUACUAUGAGGUGCUGCGCAGCGUCUGCAGCCUGGACGGGGGUGGCUGGGCCAGCACUGUCUUCUACGCCGCCUUCACCCUCUCAGCACAGUGGAGGACCAUGGAGGCCUCGGCUGUGUGCCGCUACAGCAUCUCAGCUGCCCCGAGACGGUGGUGCCGUUGCGGAGCCCCGGCCUGGCUCCGUGAGUGCCUGGUGGUGUGGGGUAGGGGGGGCAUGGGGUGGCCGCAUUCCCCCCUGACCCCCAUCUCCCCCGGGCAGUGCAUCACGGACCGCUCCCGCAGGAAGGGCUACAACUCCUCGCAGGACCUGCCCAACAGCGUCCUGGACUUUGUCAAGCUGCACCCGCUCAUGUUUGAGGAGGUGAAGCCGGCUGAUGGGGAGCCACUGCUGGUGAAGAAGAACGUGGCGUACAGUCAGCUGGCCGUGGACAGGGUGCGGGCCCUCGACGGCCACUCCUACGAUGUGCUUUUCAUGGGGACGGGGGAUGGCUGGAUCCACAAGGCCGUGGUGGUGGGCUCCAGCAUCCACAUCGUGGAGGAGGUGCAGGUGUUCAGAGACCCGCAGCCUGUGGAGAGCCUGGUGAUCUCCCACACCCAGAGGAGCCUGUACGUGGGGGCAGCCAGCGGGAUCCUGCAGGGUCCCCUGGCCUCCUGCGCCAGAUACACCUCCUGCUAUGACUGCAUCCUCGCCCGGGACCCCUACUGCGCCUGGGAUGGCAGGGCCUGCCGUGCCACCGCCACUGCAGACAGCACACGGCUGGUGCAGGACAUUCAGAGCGGCAACGAGGGAUGCUGGAGCAGCUUUGGGCGCGUGUGUGUCCCCGCAGGCUCCCUGCCGUGGAAGAACCGGACGGUGCUGCAGGGAGAUGAUGUGCUGCUGCCCUGUGACCAGCGCUCCAACCUGGCACGAGCCAUCUGGCUGCUGAACGGCAGCGAGGUGCCGGGCGCAGGGCAGGACCGGCUGCGCGUUGGGGUGGAUGGGCUGCUGGUGACGGACACGCUGCCCCAACACAGUGCUGCCAGCCAGGCAGCUGGUGACAUGAAGGUGGCUUACAUCUCUGCCAUCGUCGCCUUGGUGGUGCUAUGCGCCGUGCUCAGCGCUGGCCUCCUUUACAUGUCCUGCCUGGAGAAGCGCAAGGGGAAGUACAUCCUGGGGGAGCCGCGGCCAUCCAGCGUGGAGCUGCAGACUGUCUCAGCCAACUGCCUGCGCAAGGGCCACCCAGAGGAGGAGGAGGAGGAGCUCGCCUAUCCUGACGGUUGCCUACGGAUCAUCCCCGGUGAGGCGCCCACGGCUGCCACCUCCCCGGUGAAGGAGCUGCCAGCAGCUGGGCCCCCACUGCCGCCACCACCGCCGCUGCCGGCUGAGCUCACCAACGGCGUGGGGGCUCUGCCCAACGUCCUCCGCAAGAUGAAUGGCAACAGCUACAUGCUGCUACAGCAGCAGGAGGAGCCGCUGGCCUCACCACUCUACAACACGUCCUUCACCGAGGAGCUCAGCAAGAUGCUGGAGAAGCGGAAACACACACAGCUGGUGGAGAAGCUGGAUGAGAGCUCCGUGUAG